AUGGGGAAGGGGAAGAGGAGGGCAGUGGAGAAAGGAGUUCUAGUGCAGAACUCGAGCUCAUCGCCAGAGGCAUCUUCUAGUUCAUUGAAUGUCCCGCCUGCGCCGGUUUAUUACUCGAGUCAGGAGGAAUUCAAGGAUCCGUUAGAGUAUAUUUAUCAGAUCAGAACUGAGGCCGAGAGGUUUCUCGAGGAGCAGUGCGGCAGGAAGUUGAGGAAGAAGAGGGUGGUUUUCGAAGGGGAGGAUUUGGAUUUGUGUAAAUUGUUCAAUGCGGUUAAGAGGUUCGGAGGGUGUAAUAAAGGAUGGCACAUCCAUUGUUUGUCACCGCCGCUGAAGCAAAUCCCUCCAGGAAAUUGGUAUUGUUUUGAGUGCUUGAAUUCUGACAAGGAUAGUUUCGGUUUUGUGCUUGGCAAGAAGUUUAUGAUAGAUGCAUUCAGGCGUGUAGCUGAUCGAACCAAUAAGAAGUGGUUCGGUUCAGAGUUUGCUUCAUGUGCUCAGAUUGAGAACAAAUUUUGGGAGAUUGUAGAGGGGUUGACAGGUGAAGUUGAAGUUAUGUAUGGAAGUGACUAG